GACGUUAUAUCGUUCUUGUGAAUCUAUAUGCAGAUACACUUUAUCUUAUUCUAUAAAUGAUAUACUACAAAAAUAAUUUCUGUUAAAAUCAAACACUUCCAUUUACUUCCGGAGAAAUUGUUUUCAUCGACAACCAAAAUUUUACAAGAAAAUGAUUUUAUAGAAUCAGAAAGGCAAUAUUCAUCAAGAUGUCGACAAUAGAUUUAGCUAAACAACAAUCACAGGAAAAUUUUAAAAGUGAUGCUAAAACAUCUAAAUGGCUUGAUGCAUACCAUGAUCCAGUUGCCUCCCUUUACACAUUUACUCAGUGUAUAACACUGGCAGAUAUUCAGGCAGAUGGGGAUUGGAAACUCAUCAUUGCAGAUCUUGGCUCUGGCUCCUUUAACAUGAAACUGAAGGUUUAUAAAGGGACAGAUUUAAUCAGUGAAAAUACAAUAAUAGAUCUGCCCACUGGUGUUGUAACAUUCUAUAUGGACACACACGAACCAAGAACUCCGGCUAUAGCCGUAGCAUCAGGACCAUUUAUAUAUAUUUACAAGAAUCUCCGUCCAUAUUUCAAGUUUACAUUACCACCUCUAGAAGUAAACUCUGUGGAAGAAGAUUUGUGGAAUCAAGUCAGAGAUGGUCGCAUAAAUGUAUACGUAUUGAGGGAGAUGUUGGAAGGAAUGAGAGCUGACGGUUCAGCACUGACUGUUAGGUCACUGAGAUUCUUACAACUGACCGAUGCUGGUGACAUGGUUCAGUUUUGUGAAGUGUAUAAGAACUCUCCAUUGAAAAGACAGACUGUGAUAACAUGCCUCGGUACCUUGAAGAAAUCCAUGUCAGAGGAAGAUGCUAUUAGCUGUUUAGUACUGGGAACUGAGGAUAAAUCUAUAUAUGUACUUGAUCCAGAAGCUUUCACAGUUCUUGCUACUAUGAAUUUACCGAGUGUUCCAGUUUUCCUAAGUGUGACAGGAAUGUAUGAUGUAGAAUAUAGAAUUGUUGUAGCUUGUAGAAAUGGCUGUAUCUAUACUUUGAAAAGAGGAUUAGAUGAUCCAGCCAAAGGUUGUAUAGAGCUUAGUUCACAGAUAGUGGGUAUGGAACGACUCAACAAAACAAUCUAUGUAGCCUGUAUGGACCAGACACUCAAAUGUUUUACUUCUAAGGUAACCUGUUUUUGUCAUUAAAUGUAACAUGUGCAU